UGCAAAUCAAACGGAGAGAGGCCGGGCUCCAGCGGCUGUGCCUGGCAGUGUGCCAGGCUCAGACUAAAGCCGUACAGUGGUCCACCUCCUGCUUUAUUCUGUGAAGAGAUUAGCGGGCUGCAGAACUUAUGGACUCAGAUUUCUCCUCCAGAGUGCUGUAGGGUGUCGGGCGUUGCGGCUCAGGGGUGUGAACAGAGAGGUAACCAUGGUGCAGAAAGAGCAAACAGGAAGCCCGACACCUCAGGAAACUGCUUUUCAGACGCACAGUACAAGAAACAAGAUCCGAGAUCCAAAAGUAACCUUGGAAAAUGGGAAUGGAAUGAUUGUACAUGGAAUCCCGAUCACAUCACCUGCAUCAUGGCUCAGAAAAACACGUCUGGAGCAAACACAAUCCCCAGACUUGUUGUCAAGAUUAUAGGCAGCAAACAAGUCAAGCAGUUUAUUGAGGAGCCAGCAGAAGAUGCUGGAGACUCGUCACAGAAAGAAGAAAAUCCUCCAGUUGAAGCUGCAUUCGAUGAUGAUUUCGAGAAACCUCCAGAAAGACAAGAUGUGUCCAGGUCUCACAGACAGGUCCAGAACAGAGUGGACUCUGCACUUUGGGCUGUUAUCAACCAGGUUCCUGACAGGCGGUGUGUGACAGCGCCCUCUGGUGAUCGGUCCAGGUCCUACAUUCACCCAAAGACUCACCACAACUCUGAACCCAGAGCAGCUGAAGUGCUGGAGACAACAGAACAGAAAGGUGUGCCUGAGGACAGAGAUAAGGCCGAGCUCUCCUCGGCUGUCAGAGAGGAGCUGUCUGAUUGGCAGCUCUCCUCUCUGAGAUCAACAGAGGACGAGGUGGCGGCUCUUGAUCUCACCUUCAGUGGGACACUGAAUCGAUCUGAGAUCACUCACCUGUUUCUGAAAAACGAAGUUCCACUGAAAUUACCAACAUUUUCUCUGCUUCUCCAAAUGUUUUCUGAUAACAGUGAUCCAGUCCAGAUUCAUUACAGAAAUCUCCUACAAUUCAUAAGACGUUCUGCAUUCCCCGAGGAACUCCACAAUGACAGUGAGCUUCAGCGUAGCUGAACAAGGACAAAGCUUAUUCACGACUAUGACAUCAUAAAUCUGAGCGCACUGAGAAUCGAUGAGGCAACACACAGCAAGAAACCAGAGCCAAACUCAUCUGGCCACAGCUCAAAGGACUAUAAUUCAUCAUAAUGUUGUUGUGAUAGAAACUGUGUAUGAGUGAGAAGAUUUGUCUACCUAUAUCAUAGGAUUAUUACACUACAUUCAUUUGGCACGCAUUUUGUCUAAAGCAACUUGCUAUUCUUUUUUCCCUGUGCGGGCCUGCUCAUCAGGAGCUAUUUGGUGUUCAGUGUCUUGCUCAAGGAUACUUUGGCAUGCGGACAGGACCCAGGGAUCAACCCACCCCACCACCUGAGCUGCAGCCGCCUCGUAUGUAUGAACGUUUGAAAAUUAACAGCAGCAGUAGUUGGUGUCAAAUGUUAUUGGACAUACAAUACGUGAACGACUAUACAGUCUACCCGUUUAUCAACCAUAUAACGAGUUAGAGUCUUAAUUCACACUUUUAUAUUCAUUUACAUACUUAUUUAAAGGUUCUGUAAAUGAGAUUCUGAACAUUAAUAUAGCAGCAAACAACUAUUUGCUAUGUGAAGAUACAGUGGAGUAAUGGCGUCCUGAGCAGAGGAUGACGUCACACUGUUACCAUUUGUCGUCACCCGAGCUUCUCUGUUCCUUGUUUUGGUAGCUGGUCCGGCCACGCACGCAUGUUAGUGCAUAUUCGUCUGUGAGGAGAGCGAUAUAACCGUUUCUUUUCUCAUCUAACGUGGUGAAUUAAGGGUUUAUUUCAACCAAACCAGGGUUGGUGAUUGUUGGAACAGUGGAAAGACUAACAAAGACGGUUUUGAUGAGUUUUAUUUUGUUUCUGUAGAGUAUGAAUGAAGUGUGUUUAAUGAUGGUCCACGAGGUAAAAUUAUUGUUUUUUUUCCCCCCAAUGGAGUCUGGUGGCAGGCAAGAGCUUUGAAGCAGCCGUUUCUGGUUAAAAAUAAAGGAUCUUACUGUUCAACAAAAAGGUCUGUCACUUAGAAUAACAAUCUGAGCCUGUCAGUGGCAAAAACAAGCACUUUUAGGAAGCACACUUUGACGGCGCAUUUGUCCACAGCAGCCAUUGCAGCCUGUUUGAGGCGCAGAGCCAGAAUAUUUCGGUGAAUUAAAGAUUUCUUUCGACCAAACCAGAGUUGGCGAUUGUUGGUACAGUAGAAAAUACUAACAGAUGGUUUUGGUGAGUUUUUCAUUUUGUUUCUGUCCAGUUUGAAUUAAGUGUGUUUUACGAUGAUCUGCGAGGUAAAAAUACUGUUUUCCCUCAAUGGAGUCUGGUGCGCCGUAGCGCCCAUUUGUUUUGGUCUGAGAUGAUGGUGCGCUAGUGCGACAUUAAGUAGCAGUGAAUGUCAAUUACAGCUCCUUUAAACUGCUUUUUAGCCUGCAGGGGAUUUCUUUGUUCCAGUACUGUGAGUGGCCACUGGGACAAACUGGCAGCAAGGCUGACUGAAUGAUGUUAAACAAUUUGGCAAUUCAAUCUGAUUUCUAGGCUAGCACAGCCGUGUAUCCAGACAGGCUGACGUGUGGCCAGUGAGCGUUGCACUUUUUCAGCUUCCUUAUUGUGUAUGAAACCACAUGGUAUCCAGGAUCAUUCAGUAGUGCAUACAAACAUGCUGAAGAGAUUAACCCACACGAACACAAGUUGUUUGCUUUUUACUUUAUUUUUUGUAGCUUUUUUAUAUUAAGAUGUUUUUCCCUUUUUCUUGCUAUCCCUGCUUUUGGCACUACAUACUUAGGGUGACAUGUUAGAUUGUUUUUAAAACAAACGUCUAUUCAAAGCCUUCAUCUUGUGGCAAGCAAAGUAUGAAUACAGCUAAUAAAAAUAAAGGUUUA